UAAGAGCCGCAGCGAGUCGGACAAACGCCUCUGGUUAUUCCUGCCAUUUAUCUUGUUUUUGGCAUUAAAACACAUCCAGAGCCAGUGUGCCGGGCUCAGGACGGUACCGGAGCUGGUUCUGUUUCGGUCGGCUGCAGGGGAAGGGGAAAAAAAUAUAUAUAUAAUAAACUAACAGGAGUCACGCAGCAGCAGCAGCACUGACCUAUUCUUCCAUGAGAAGAUCUUUUUAACGUCCGACAUGAUUUAACUGCUAAAGUGGAGAUGGAGAUGUUUGGAGGAGGUGUAGCUGCUCUCGGGGGUGAAGAGGACGCAGAGGAGGAAGAGAGGGCUAAAGUUGGGGCUCUGCCCCCGCUACUCGAGGAUGAGGAAAAUGUGUCUUUGGCAGAUAUCCUGUGUCUGAGAGACAGCUGUCUGUCUGAACAGGAGGUGUGGGCAGUGUGUGCAGAGUGUGUGCGCUCGCUGCAAAGCAUUUCACGCUCUCCACUUUUUUACACUCUCUGCAUUACACCGGACACUCUGGCCUUCAACGCUCAUGGCAACGUGUGCUUCAUGGAGCAGCUCAAUGAUGACCCAGAAGGUUCAUUUGUCCCUCCAGAGUUUGACAAGACCGGGAAUACGUUUGAGGGUCAUGUGUUCUCUCUCGGCUCCACACUUUCAGCUGCUCUGGGCUACGAUAUAGAUCCUGAAACAGAGCUGGGGGCUGAUACUCGCAGGCUGCUUGAACAAAUGCAAGAAGAAAAACCAGAUGACAGGCCUUGCCCACAGGUCAUGUUGUCCCUAGCAGAAGCCAAAAUUAGAGACACCACAACCAGAGCAGUGUGUCGAAAGCUAUCAGCGAUCGGAAGAAGAGUGUUGUCUAUAGAAUCAGUCGCACCUUUUCAAGAUGAGUGGGAAAAAUCAUAUCAAUUUAUGGAAUAUAAAGGAUCACAGUCAAGCUCUGUUGAGAAUCAUACAUAUGACCAGCUCAUGGCCAGACAUUAUUCUACAGAUUCUCAUGAAGACGAAGAGCAUCAAGUUAAACAAAGGCGAAGAGUCUGCAAUGGUUCAUUCCGCUCAGGGAGUGUAGAUGGAUAUCAUGGAGGUCCAAUGUCACUUCGAGAUGUAAACGCUGUCUAUCCAUCCCAGAAUAGCUUUCCCUUUCUUAAAAUGAACCAAGAUGUAAGGUGGAGAAGAUCACGGAGUGCCCUCAACCGCUCCUGCUCCAUUCCUGACUCCAACAACCCCCCUGUGUUCUCGUCUCCAUCACACACAAACCUAAGCAUGAUGGUAGCAGACUUGUCAGAGAUUGGAGGAGACGAAAGUAUGAUAAGGCAAUGGGAGGACCAUGUGCUGAAGGAAUCACACAAAACAGAUGCAGACAGAACAGAGCAGGUCCACAGUCACUUUAUAGAAUCUGUGAACAGAAUAAAUAACAGCACCCCUACUUAUGUCAGUGUUGGCGCAGCUCCAGAUUACAUAGGUCAAAGUGCAGUUAUAAGAGACGAAACCCCUGUGUUCUCCACAUAUGUAGAAGAGGAAAUAAAGUAUAGCAGUCUGGGCUGUUCUAAUCAUAUGACCAAAAGCAUGCUGUGCCUCAAUGAAGAAUCUCAGGAUGAGUGGGUCUCUCUGCGGGAGCUUCUGUCACACUGUACGCGGCCUCUGUCUGUGAAUGAGUUGUGGGCCCUGUGUUACACCUGCCUGUCCACACUGCAAACCUACACUGAUUUCCCAGCCUUCCUGUGCCUGGACUCUGUGUAUGUGGGCUGGGAUGGAGACUUGCUGUUCCUUAUGCCUAAAAACACAGGGUCUAAUGAUGUCUUUUAUGUAGCUCCUGAAUUCCAGGAACAUGGUAUUUUAACAGAAAAGGCCUGCAUAUAUGGAGUGGCAGCUAUUUUGUGGGCCACAGCAAAAUUCCAUUUGUCCCCUAAUCAGAAGCUAGCUAUGCCAAGAAAACUCAAGAGGCUCCUGCUUGACAUGGCUAAAAAAACUCCCAUUGAAAGGCCAUCUAUUGUCAUGGCAAAAAAGAGUUGCUGUGAUUAUUUGUCACGCCAGGGGACCAAUGCUGAGACUGUGUGGACACAGCUAAUCAACAGACUUCAUAAGGCAUCCAAUAGAAUUAAUGAAGAAGACAGUUUCUCAGAUGUGGCUUCAUUCAAAAACACAGCUACAGCUGAAAGGAAAACUGGUUUCAUCCCUCUAGGGCAAGAUGUUAGGUUGGCCCCUGUUUCUGGUCCUCUUCCCCAGAGCAACUCACUCUCUGUGUCUGCAAAGCUUCCUGAGGCAUUUACUUCUUUAGCGACCCACUUUACUCCUAUAGUGGUGGCCCAGGAGGAUGUCAAAGAAGAAGAAUCACCCAUCCCUCAGCCAAGGCUAGGCAGCAGCUCCAGUGAAAUUAAAAUUAGACAUGAGGACCUGACUUCUGAAACACCACAAUUUCAUGAGAACUGGGUGCAGGGAGAGGAAGAGGAAGAACAUUGCUCAUCCUUGUCCAGUAGCACAACAGUUCUUACCUCUUCACAUCAUACCAACUUACAAACAGCCUGUCUGGAGUCAAACAGCCAAUCUCUGUCAACCUGUCCCAAUGUUUUAAGUUCUCCUGGUGUUUACAACAAUUUCCUUCUACAGCAGGACCCUCAGAGUGGCCGUCUAACCCUGUUCCCUGUUCAUAUAGCUGUUUCUCAGCCCAUCACAGGCCUAGAUCUUAGUCUUCCAUUGAGAGCGGAUUCAGAGACUGACCCAGGAACACAAAAGAAAGAGCAUGAUGUACGUCAUGUUACCAAGAAUGGAGAAUCUGAUCAUCAUGUCACAUCCUCUUACCUCAAGAAUAGCAAAAGCAACAUUCCAAAUAACAAAGCUCAUCUGAAUACCACUGAGCCUUCCCAACAUGCCAGGGUUUGGAGCACUAUACGGCAGAGACAGCCUGUCUUGCAGCAGGUCAUUGGUCUUAUCAGAGAGGAGUUUGCCUUUGACUGUUAUCUGGGAAAGGGAGCAGAGGAGCUAGUAAUGGGAGAGUACAUACUUUCUUUAACAAGCCUCCAAUUUGAAACCUUCUCUAGAGCAAUAGUGGAGAAGUUCAGUGAUCUCCACUGGGAUGAAGACCUACUAGGACUGCUACACAGUCUUAUCAAUCAGGAGCCCUCUUUCCUAGUGUCUGAUGAAGAUCCUUCAUCAGAGCUAGCGGAAAAUGCUCUGACAUCAUUCCUGAAUGCCAAGAAGUGUGAGGGAGAGGAGGGAGGGAACACCGAACAUGGUCAGCUUGACCACAAUUCAGACAAGUGCCAUGCUCUGGAGGAGAGAGAACAUAAAACAACUAGACAACAUAACCAAGAAAAGGAGAGGCAAGGAUACAUAAGAACAGAAAAGGGGCCAGGAGGAGGAAAUACAGCUAAUGAGAUCAGGAACAUGCAGAAGGAGACUCAGCUAGGUGGCACAGUGUUAAGUGGAAUCAGUAUGGACAUGGAGAGCAGCAGCUCUCCAGCAGAUGGAGCUGAAGUGUGUGUAUCUAAUGUUGAGUCUCUGUGCCAGCAUUCUGACCUGGGGGAGAGUACAGAGACCCAGUUUUCCCUGGACUGCUCAGAUGCAGAAAUGGACGAUUCUGACUCAAUGAUCUCAGACAGGACAGUACCCUCCCACUCAGGCUUUCAGACCCAUCUGGCCCGCCCUACCUGGUCACUGGCUUUGUAUGGAGAAGGAUUUUUUAGCCAAGAAGUGGUGGAGUAUGCUUAUAAACUGGGCAGUCACACUGACUCACCAAGCUUGGAAGAUAAAUCACAGGAGCCACCAUUCAUAGGUCAAGAUUUUUACCAGGAACUUCAGCAACAACUGAUGAUUGAGAGCAGAAAUUUAAAGAAGACCAGAAAUUUUUACCACAAACUUAUUCAGCAAGAACGGAAAAAUAAAGGUUCUGAAGCAAAGGUGAUGCUCUGCAAACUGAGGGCCCAGUUUGAUGAACUAAGAACAAAAGUGGAGUUUCUUGACUUUGUAAGGCAAUAUCUCCAGGUGUUGUAUGUAGAACAGUGGGGGUUACCCCUCUCUCUACUGUCCUCUCUGGCUCCUUCUGGAACUCCUACUGUAGACCUUAAGGCCAGUGAAGAUCCAGGCAUAUUAAGCCUGAUGUGUGAGAAGAACAGAACAAGAGGUUGCUGUCCUCUACUGGCUGGAACACCCAAAGGCCUGAUGGCUUAUUUAUAUGCCAGAAAUGCUUUUUUGGAAGGAUAUAUCCAGCACUUUCUCUAUACCUACCGCUAUUUCUGUACUGCUGAGGAAUUACUCCAGUUUCUAAUGGACAAAUUUAACAGCUCUGUAGUAGCAAACAAGGACUCUACUGACAGCGCUAAGGUAUAUCAUCGCACCCUGGACCUGUUAGAGUGUUGGAUAGAAGAUAGACGGUCAGUGGAUUUUAGCUCCAACUCCCGUCUUCAACCAACACUUGACAACUUCCUCACAUCUGAGGUAGCUCCAGUGGACAGUCGUGGAGAGACUCUACUUAAGAUGCUACAAAACAGUCCUAAAAAGAGUCAGGGCUAUGGGAUGCCAGUUUGUGGUGAGAAUCCAAGCAGUGGUUGGGAGAAUCUUGAUGUCCAAUCGGUUCAGUCCUUUUGCAGGAAAUCUUCUGUUGAUGAUGCAGCAAGGAAGAGUCUUCGGUGGCAUGUAUCACAUGUGGUGGAGCCCCAGGUGAGCCAACCAAAAGAUAAGGUGUACACAAUUGCUUCAGCACUGCCCCGACCCUGCUACAGUUCCCUGCAGGGUCAGCUGACCAACAUGUCUGUGAAGAACGAGGAGAGAUUGGCAUUCAGUCAGACAGAGCACAGUCCCUUAAACACAGCACAACAGCUCACACUGCUGCAACAGGAAAUAUUCCAAGGCUGUCACCCUGUGCAUUUUCUCAACUCCAGAGCGCAGGGAGUGAAAGAAAAGGCAGUCAGCAUCUCUAAAUGUUUAGCAUCCGAUGUCCCACCACUAGAGGGCAGUAGUUUGUUUGUUGGUGACGUGCCAGGACAUGAUGGGCCUCUAAAGCUUCUCCUGAGAUAUGCAGAAAAUAUUUGUAACUGGGUCGCAGCUGAGAUUGUCAUUACAGACUCAGUGAAGGUACAAACAGCCUUGCUUGGCAGGUUUCUCAUUAUUGCAAAGCACUGUUUUGAGGCAAGAAACUUUGCUACAGCCAUGCAGAUCCUCGGAGCACUGGAGAAUGUGAUUGUACGACAAUUACCGGCUUGGAAGCAGCUGUCAGCAAAGAUGUCAGAUGUUCUUGAGGAGCUCAGGGCGGUUCAGGUGUUUCUAAAGAGUGACAGUAUGUGUCUGAUGGAGGGAGAGAGGGGAAGGAGGCAACCCACGCUGCCUGAUGCACACAUUCUGGCCAUGCACGUACAACAGCUGGAGAUUGGCGCCUUUACUCUCACUAACAAAGCCUACAAGUGGCCCAAGUUACGGACUAUAGCGCGUGUUGUAAGUCAAGUCCAUGCUUUCCAGGAGUACACGUAUACAUACACUCCUGAUCUAGAACUACAGUCGUAUCUUCAGGCCCGAAUCAGCCAUCUGGGUGCUUGUGAUGUGUCACUUCUUGCCGCUGACAAUGAUGCCAACUUCAACCAGCCUGCUGCAGAGCGUCACACACGCCGCAUGCAAGACACAUUGCGCAAGGUCAAAGCCUCCUUCCAGUAAUUUUGAGAGAGAUCUGUCAUAGACACAUUGGCAGAAGUGACAAGUGGCAGAGAUGAGAGAGAAAAAGGCCAUUUCUCAGAAGUUCUGUGCAGAAGAAGUUAAUACAUGUGGUUUUUAGUAACCAGACACUGGGGGAAAUGUUGUAAUCAAGUACCAGGCUGUGGAUGUCUACAGCUCAAGGAAGCCUUCAUUUUUUUUUAUUAUUCUUUAUUUUUUGAAUGUGGUCAAAGUUAUUCAGUCUUGUGUGUGUGUGUGUGUGUGUGUGUGUGUUUCCUCUAACCCUGGGUUAGCGAAUCAAUUCGAUAUUUUCUUAAAGAAAUAUCAGUGCUUUUCCAACCUUAUUUUUAUCUACCACCUAUAAAGCAUAUUAUUUAGUUUUCAAAUGUAGUGGAUGGAUAAGGCUUGAAAAAAAACUGCUUAAAUAAUUCUUUAUAUUAAAAGAAAAAAACAGUGAAAAAAAUUACUAAUUGUUUAUAAUAAUACUGCAAUACGGAGAAUUGAAAUAUCUGUAAUAAACAGCCAUGGCUUAAUUCCAUUACUUUAAAUGCUAGAAAUUGCACUCAUACCUGGUAGCGCAGUUAAAUUAAAGCAUGCUAGCUUUGUGCAGAUCCAAAAUGUAGAAUUAUAAGAGGGUUAUUUUAGGUAGGAUAAUUCUCAUUUAGUGAUGCAGGGCUAAAGUAACUGGUUAUAUUUUUUUCUGCAUAUUACAAAUUGUAGUGUAUUUUCUUUAUCUUUAGAGUAAUCGUGUAAUUUAGCUUUAUUAAUCAGUGUAUGGGAUUAUUAUUAUUAUUAUUAUUAUUAUUAUUAUUUGGAGGGUUGG